AUGAGUCCAUUCCUGCCUUUCUAUUUUGUAUUGCUAUGGAUUUCAAACACAGAAUCUCAGACAUUUCUGACUCCUUAAAAUAACAUGGUUAAUUCUGGUGAGAGGGCAACAUUUACCUGUGACAUUGGAGCUAAGGAUGGUGACCAGGUGCUUCUUCUAAAGCAGAUACCAGGGAAUGUACCACAGCUGAUUAUAUCUCAUCACCAUUCAUUCACCUCUCCUAGAUAUGGCCCAGGGAUAUCUACUGACCGUUAUACUGCCACCAUUAACAGUGCAGCCACUGAGUAUCAGUUUAUCAUUAAGAAGGCAGAGACAGCAGACACUGCUCAUUAUUACUGUGUGAAAUGGUUUUGGAAGAGCACUGUGUUUGUCAUCAGUCAAAGUAGCAAACUGAUUGUCACAGUGGACAAAUUUCCUGAACCUGCCCUUCUGGUGUUUCCACCAUACACUGAAGAUAAUGAAAGUAAGGACAGCUCCACUUUGACUUGCCACAUCAGUAAACUGGCAGUAAGCCUGGUCAAUGUGAAUUGGCUUAAAGACGGCACAACACUUCAAGAUGGAGUCUCAACCAGUAACCCUGUCCGGGAGUCAGACAACACUUUUAGCAUGAGCAGCUACUUGACCCUGUCAUCAAAAGAUAUCAACAAAGACAGCUUGUAUUCAUGCAUGAUCCAGCAAGAAGGUUCUUCUGCCUUCGUAUCUAAAGGUGUUAAGUUAUCACAGUGUUAAUGCACUUUACAUUUCUCAAAAGUCCUUGUUAUAUUCUUCUUACUGUUUAAAAAGCCUGGAUUAACACUCGUUUAAACAAAAUUCUAAUUGUACAUGUAUUUUUAUCAUCAACAACUCUAUAAAAUUAAAAAUAUGUUCUGUUUAUUUCUUCUGUGUCCAUUAAGUGUUAAAAUCAGAUACUUUUGAAAUAGACACAUCGUGUGGCUGAAUGUCUGCAGCAUAACACACAUAUCUUCUGUUCAAUAGGACUUUUUAAACAACAAUAAAAAGCAUACUUUCACAAA